GCCUACUUUCCCGCCUUCCAUCACUGUACAAGGUGCUCAACAAUCUCCGCCCACGUCUCCGCCUCUUACGGACGAUGGUGGCCGAAUCCCCGUUGGCCUAUUGGUCGUGGUCCAUGACAGGAGGAGGUGGCUUGAGGGAGGAGUCGCCUCGGGGAUUUGCCGAGGCUGACGAAAAAAUUGAAAGAGAAAUAACAAAAAAGAGGAAAGAAGAAAAAGAAGAAUAGGAAGGGAGGGAUCAUCAAUCAAGGUGAGUAUAUAGACUUUUUCUUUUUGUUUUCCUUUUGCUUGUUCCCUACCUUAAAAACCUACGUGUACUGCCCGCGCUGGCGCUGCUGAGCUGACAUCAAAGGGAGGGAAAAAAGGGACGGCAAACAGUUAAUGGCCUCUGCGGCCUCUUGCCGGGUGGAAGGGUUCGCUAACCACUCCGUUGCGCGCGCUCGUUCGCUCCCCCCUUUUUUUUUUGUUAUUUUUUACACUGUUUCUUGUUUAGUUAUCUCUCAAGUUCAAUUUUAAACGUGCGCUAACACAAUGAUCUUGAGAUUUUGUUUGUGAGAAUUUUCAGUGGCCACCUGCAAUCCGAAAUAUUCAAGUGUAAAGUGUUUGGUGUGAAAGCAAAAGCAUUUGUUCAGGAUUGAACGAGUGGCUUUCGACAAUAACUGGUCCAUGAUGCAUCACAGCCGGUUAGAACCCAUCAAAAGGUGAAGACGAGAAGACACUCGUUUUUGAUUAUCAGCAGCUUAAACUCAAGUGGCAACUGUGCAAAGUGUUUUCAUCUGUUACAGUUUUUUUUACGUUAUCGGAAAACAAAACAAAAAAAACAUUUUUAAGAGACGAUUUCUAAACAUGUUGGGAUUCGGCUGAAAGGAAUUUUUGUUUCUAAUCAGAAACUAAAACACGAAAACCAGUUCUCAGUGUGUUCCGUGUCGUGCAGUGCUGUGUGUAAGUGUCAAAGUGUUUUGGUGUGUUGUGCGUGUGUGUAUUUUUCUGUGGAAUAUAUUUCGAUUCAUACCAGCCCCUUCCAGCACUCAUCACCAGUGCGUAAUCGACAAAAUAAAAGUGCCCCUGAGUGUUUUUUUUGUGUUCUAUUCAAUUUACCUACGCCAGUUGAAAUUCGAAAAAAAAAAUGAAUCAACUAGGCACCGUUUACGCCACCAAGCGUCGGCGUCGCAACGGCAAAAGUUUGAAACCGUCGCCCAAGGAGAGUUCGGGCAAAAGUAAUCCGAGCAAACGUCAUCGGGAAAGGUUGAACGCCGAAUUGGACACGCUGGCCAGUCUCUUACCUUACGAGGCCUCCAUCCUGUCAAAGUUGGACCGGCUUUCCAUCCUGAGACUGUCUGUCAGCUACCUGCGCACCAAGAGUUACUUUCAAGUCAGUUGCCACAAGGGGAUCAAAGGUGAGCAGCAACAGCAUCAACAGCACGGCGGAGGUCAUUUCUUGCUGCACGACAAUCAGUUUCGCAAUCGGGACGUGACCAUCUUCGACUCGCCCUCUCUCGACGGCGACAGCUUCCUCCAGGCGCUGAAUGGAUUCCUGCUGAUUUUGACCAGCGACGGCGAAGUCUUCUUCGCCACCCACACAAUCGAAAGCUACCUGGGAUUCCAUCAGUCGGAUGUGGUGCAUCAAUCCGUCUACGAGCUGGUCCACUCUGAAGAUCGGGAAGAAUUGCAACGGCAAUUGACGUGGAGCAGCCAAUUACCGGCCGAUUCCGGAUUGUCGCUGUUGGACGCCCUCAGACCGGACAACUCGAUGAUCCUCGAACGAUCCUUCACCGUCCGCUUCCGCUGCCUACUCGACAACACUUCCGGAUUCCUCAGACUGGAUAUCAGAGGCCGUGUGAAGGUGCUCCACGGACAGAACCGCAAAACGGAAGAGCCGCCCCUGGCCCUGUUCGCCAUCUGCACGCCGUUCGGUCCGCCGAGUCUGCUCGAAUUGCCGCAUAAGGAGAGCAUGUUCAAAAGUAAACAUCGACUCGAUCUCGCCCUCGUCUCCAUGGAUCAAAGGGGCAAAGCGCUUUUAGGUCACAGCGACGCCGAACUGUCGUCGUUGGGUGGUUACGAUCUGGUCCAUUUCGACGACUUGUCCUACGUCGCCAGCGCUCAUCAAGAACUGCUCAAGACGGGAGCUUCAGGAUUGAUCGCCUACCGACUGCAGACUAAAGACGGACAGUUCCAGUGGUUACAGACUUCGUCACGGCUCGUCUACAAGAACAGCAAGCCCGAUUUCAUCAUCAGCACGCAUCGGCCGCUCAUGGAAGAAGAAGGUCGAGAUUUGCUGGGCAAACGUACCAUGGAUUUCAAAGUGAGUUACCUGGACGCCGGGCUGACUAGUAAUUAUUUCACGGAUCAAGAGGCUGGGUCGGCCAUCUCGGCCGCGUCGACGACGACGACGACGCCGCCAACGACCACGUCCAUUUCCGCCGGGCAGACGGUGCUGCCGUCGCACGCGGCCGGGGCCCAAACGGCCCACGUGGCCGGAACUCAGAAAAUCGGCCGCAAAUACAAGAAUCAGUUGAGGGAUUUCCUAACGAAUUGCCGGACGAAGCGGAAAAGUGGCAGCGUCGGCUCGGCGUCGACGGGCGGCGCGGCCAACGGCCUGACGACGCCGCCCGAACCGUCGCCCGUCCACUACCUGUCGGCCAGUGGCAACAGCGUCGAGUUGGCUGGCGGGGCCGGAUGGACGACGUCCGUCGUCGGAGGAGGAGGAGGAGGAUCAGCCGCGGCGUCUUCGGCUGCGGCCUCGGCCGCCGUAGCGGCCGCCGCCACGGCCUAUUCUCCCUCGGUCUACCCGGGAGCGUCGGUGGCGGCGGCGGCGGCCGCUGCCGCCACGGUCCCUUACCACGCCGACGCCACCAACAGCUUCUACCACAGCGCCAUGCAUCACCACGCUCACCACCACCAUCAGCUGGCGGCGCACCAUCACCACGCUCACCACCAGCCGAACGCGACGUUGCAAAAUUUGCAGAAUUUGCAUCAGAGCUUUUACGGCGCGCCGGCCGGCCUCGAUCACAAUCGGUUCGGCAUCGGCGUCGUGCCGGCCGUUGGCGCCGAGCACAACCUCUUCCACCACGGCCACGCGGCCUACGCUCGCGGGCUCGGCGUCGGAGCCGCCGGCUAUUACGCGGCCGAGUACUCGCCGUACGUUCACGCGGCCGCUGCCACCACCAACGGAUUCCUGACGGCCGGAUACGAUUCCACCAUUGGCGGGAUGAGCCAAUUGUACGGCGGUAGCAGCAACAGCAGUCCGGCUGGCGGUGGAGGUGGCGCAGGUGGCGGUAGCCCGUCUGCUGUCGAGAGCAAGUACGUCAGCAGUGCCACCAGCACGGCCGGAGGUGUGUCGAGCUUGGGUCGGCUCACCGGUCUGCAUCAUCAUCAUCAUCAUCAUCACAACCAUCAUAAUAAUAAUCACGCGGAGGGAGGAGGAGGAGGAGGAGGUGGAAGAGGUGGAGGUGGACCAGGCCUAGGUCUGCUAUCAUCCGGCGAGACGGAGCCAUCGUCAGAGUCGUCGGGCACCAGCACCAGCAGCAUCGCCGGAGGCGAUAGCCCUUACCACAACGGCCAUCACAACAACAACAACAACAAUCAUCACCAACACCACCAUCAACAGCAACAACAACAACAACAGAGGAACAAUCUGUCGGGUUCCAGGCCGAGUUCGCGCAAAACGAUCGACCAACAGCAACAACAAAUGAUGCAACAACAACAACAAUUGAAACUGGACAAGUACGGCGAUGGCAGAGACUCUAGCGGUGGCACGUCGUCGUCGGGAUCCUCAUCGGCCAGCGCAGUUUAUCCAGGCGGGACGAGCAAUAGCAACGACACCCGACAGACUGUGCUCAUGUGGGGAUCGUCUGGCCUGACGUCGGUCGGUGGCAACAACAACAACAACAACAGCAGCAGCAGUUCGAGUACCAACGACGACAGUGGCAAUGGAGUCGUCGUAUCCAUGACGACCGCCGAUUUAAUAACAUCCACCACCGCCACCGCUUACGCCGCAGAUUGCGGCGGGUCGGAAACGGGCCUCGGCAAAACCAAGUACGGGACUCAUCACGGCUACAACGGCCAUCACGUCCAGCAGCAACAGCAGCAGCAUCAACAGCAGCACGGCCAUCACGUCCAGCAGCAGCAGCAGCAACAACAACAACAACACGAUGCAGCCGUUACCAAGUCCAGCAACGGUGUGGCCAACAACAACAACAGCAGCAACAACAACGUGGAGAGCAACGGCGGCAGCCUGAACAGCGCCUGCAAGUGGGGGCGGGUGGGCCCUCAUUACCUUUACGGUGCGGCGGCUGCGGCCAGCGCGGCCGAAGUGGCCGGCAGUACGGAGGUAUCCUGGCCUCCGCACCAUCACCACCACCACCCCACAGCACCUCACCACCACCACCAUCCACAUCAAUACUAUCCUUACCCAUACCAUCACCAUGCGCACCACCAUCACCAAACGCACCACAGUGCCUCCUCCAUCAGCUGCACCUCGGCGGAGGACCCUGCUGCUGUCCUACACCAGUACACCAACAGCUCCAGCAUCAACAAUCUUCAUCAUCUCCACUCCACGGCGUCCAUUGCUCCGGCGGUUCGGCACCGGCAUCAGCAGCGCAGCAACACAAUUCCUGUAGCCAAUCACAGCAACAACAGCAGCAGCAGCAACAGCAGCACCUCGUCCUUUGCGGAUCCGAUCGCCAUCGCACGGACCGGAGUCCUUUGCUGUCCUUCUCCGAGGUGA